UUUUUAAAUAUACAGUAUUUUAUACUACAGUAUAAUCUCGUUCUCUGUUUUAGGGUUAAAAAUCUGCAGACGAUCGUUGACUCUUCCAAUUUAAUUUGUAAUUUCCUUUUAAAUUCUGAAAAGCUUAUCUAACAUGUCAGGUGAAAAUAUGAGUGAAGAGCCAAAAGAUUAUGUUACUCCUGUACGAAAGAUUAUGGCAAUGUCUGACAUGCCAAAAUGGGAAAAAUCAGAGGCAUAUUCAGAGUAUAUGGGAUUUAUAUUAGCAAUGAAUGAAGCAGUGAAAGGGAAGAAAAUAUCUGAUGCUAAAGAGACUACUCCAGCAGUUGAUGGUAUUAUAUCACUUUUAGAAAAACUGCAAUCAUGGAUUGUGGAAAUACCACCUAUUCAACAACCUCAGAGAUUUGGAAAUAAAGCAUUUACUCAAUGGUACAAUAAAUUAAAAGAUAAUGUUGCAGAUGUAUUAAAAGAAGCAUUAUCUGCAGAAUUUCAUGGAGCCAUAAUUGAAAUUUCAAGUUAUUUGCAAGAAAGUUUUGGUAAUUCAACAAGGAUAGAUUAUGGUACAGGCCAUGAAAUUUCUUUUGCAAUGUUUCUUUAUUGUCUUUUUAAAAUUGGAGUAUUUCAACAGUCUGAUGCUCUUUUGGUUAUUCUGAAGAUAUUUAAUAGGUAUAUAGCUCUGGUAAGAGAGUUACAACAAACUUACAGAAUGGAACCUGCUGGAAGUCAUGGUGUUUGGAGUUUAGAUGAUUAUCAUUUCCUACCAUUUAUCUGGGGCAGUUCACAGUUAAUAAAUCAUCCAAAAUUGGAACCAAAAUCAUUUACUGAUAGUAGGAUAGCAUCUGAAAAUGCUAAUGAAUACAUGUUUAUGGGAUGUAUAGAAUUCAUUAAUAAGGUGAAAACUGGUCCUUUUUAUGAACAUUCCAACACAUUGUGGAAUGUUAGUGGAGCUGCAAGUUGGGGAAAAGUAAAUUCAGGACUCAUUAAAAUGUACAAAGCAGAGGUGUUAUCAAAAUUUCCAGUGAUGCAGCAUGUGGUAUUUGGUUCCAUUCUUCCUUUUCGACCACAUCUGAGCCAGUGAUUGUUUUCUGUUUGUCUUAUUUAAUAUUAGAUUGUACAUAAGUCAAGAAUUUGUUCUAAAUAAU